GAAGGGCAUGGACGAUGCGACUUGCAUGCUGCUAGGCAAAGCGCUUCCUCCAGCCCUGGAGGAGCUCGUUUUGGGCUUUGUGAACACUGGCUUGGGCAACGAGGGGGCGAAGAACCUCGCGCUGGCGCUGAGUUCUUGCAGCAAUCUUCGCACUGUGAGGUUGGAUCUCCAGAACACAGCUCUCGGAGAUGCGGGCGUCGAGGAACUCUCCAAGUGCUUGGGCUCGUUACCUGCGCUCCGCGAUUUGAGAUUGGGCCUCUCCGAAACGCUGCUGGCUGAUGAAGGCAUCACUGGUAUUGCAGAGAUGUUGAAAUCGUCUGUGGCUUUUCGUCAGUUGGUCAACUCCACCACCGCAUCCUCAUCUUUCCAGGAUUGGGAAAUUUCGGCGAACAGGCGUUUGGAGUUCGAUUUCGGAAAGACCCUAUUUGGUGACAAUGGCAUGGCCUUGCUUUCCGCUGCGCUCGAGCCCCUUUCGCCAUUGCUGGCUUUGAACUUGAACGUCUACGAAACUGGGCUUGGCGAUUCUGGCUUGCAUCGAUUGGCAGAAGCACUUCAAAGCCAACAGCAUCUUAAAUACCUGAACUUGGUCAUGGCCAACACGCGUGUGAGCGACGAGGGCAUCAUGCACUUCAUGACUGCGGUCUCGUCUUGGCUAACUAGCCUUGAGAAUUUUAUGCUAAACCUCCGAGGCUGUACCAACAUCCUUGGUCCCGGCAUCGCGAGCUAUGCAGACGCCCUCCGGUCCUUGAGAAGUCUGCGAAGCAUGAAGCUGAACCUGCGAAAUUGCUCGCAGCUGCAGAAAGAGCAGCUGGCGACCUUGGCAGAAGCCCUCGCCACCAACUUGUCCCUCGAAGCCGCAAGCGUGAUCCUGCUAGGCACGAAUGCGGAUGAUGCCGUGGCCGCUGACUUAAUCCGGUCACUUGGAUCCCUGCCAGUGCUUCAGGAGGUGAGGCUGGGAACGCCCGGUGUGGACAUCCAGUCCAUUGCUGAACUUCAUCGCCGGAUGGGUUUGCUACUGAAGCCGUAA